CCUCCCUCCCUCACGGCCACAGAUGUGACGGCUAUUAUUUUCGUUGUGGCGAGCAGCAGCUAUAACAUGGUGAUAAGAGAAGACAACAACACCAACAGACUGCGGGAAGCUCUCGAUCUCUUCAAAAGCAUCUGGAACAACAGGUGGCUGCGGACCAUCUCCGUCAUCCUCUUCCUGAACAAGCAGGACCUCCUGGCAGAGAAGGUGCUGGCCGGCAAAUCCAGGAUUGAGGACUACUUCCCGGAAUAUUCACGUUACACCACACCCGACGACGCAAUGCCAGAACCUGGUGAAGAGCCAAGAGUAACGAGGGCCAAGUACUUUGUGAGGGACGAGUUUCUGGUGAGUAAUAAACUCAAACCGAAGGGAGAAACCAUGAAGCAUCCA